AGAGGGGGCGGGGCCCAGGCCUCUCUCAGCGUCUGCUGGUGGCGGCGGGAGCGCGCGCGUUUCGCGACGUGACGUGACGUGCUUCCCCGCGCAGGAUGGAUCCCGGCGGGAGCCCGCUGGACUUGGGCUUUUGCCCGCCGACGCCCCGCCUGCUGGUGGAGGACUCGCAGCCGGAGCCGGACUCGGGGGACGAGGGCGAGCACGAGGACCCGCUGCGGACCCUGCCGGGCCUGCGGAGCCGGGGAGGGACCCAGGAGGGGACGAGGGGGCGGCGGCGGCAGCUCUGGUGCCCGGCGGGAACAGCGGCGGCGGCGGCGCAGGAGGGAGAGGCCGCCGGCGCUUGCAGAGGGCGGCAGGGCCGGGCGGCGCGCGGGCCGGGCCGUGGGGGCUCCGCAGGGGAGCCUGGGCCUUGGCCCGCUCCCUCGCCGCCGCCGCCGCCUCUGCUCCCCCCCCCGGACUCUGCCGGCGCCCUCCUCAGCCAGGUCUUGGAGCCGCUGCCGCCGCCCGUCAGGAACAACAGGAAGGCGGACCCCCCCGGCGGUGCUGCUCCCGGAUCGCUCGGCGCCGAAGAGUCGGGCAUGUCCCAGCUGGGCCUGGGCACGCUGGCCCUUUCGCAGAGCCAGGACCUGGAUGGAGGAGACGCCGACACCACAGGCGACCCUGGCCGCGAGAGGCCCCCGCAGCUCACCGGCGGCGACCCUGCCCGGGAAGGAGGGAAGCAGGAGGAGGCCCGUCGAGGCGAUGAAGAUGAAGUGACAAGAUCUGGAAGUGAAUGUCCUGAGAGCAGCACCCCUAGAAUUCUGCAGUUCCAUAAAGAAUUUGCAAGGAGCCCAACUUCUGCCUGCCAUCCACUUGACAGAAGGCCACAAGGGAAGGAUCCUUCUGGUUGGCAUUCACAGGAUGCCGAUGUCUUAUCUACUCAGGAGGAUAUGUUUGGCCAGAGCAGCACAACAGAUGGCGGCUGUGCUACAUCCAAAGUGGAAGAGACGAGUUCUCCAGGCGGCACUCCUGCUGAUCCCCUGCAUGUCCUCCAUCUCUCUGGACAGGGACCCCUUUCCACCUGUGCUUCAGGCCUUGGUACGCCAUCUCCUGGCGCCUUGCAACCUGUACCUCUCAUCAUUCCAAGAAGCCCCACGGAACAGGGAGAAGAAGUAGCAGCAGCCGCAACAGCAGGGAAGCAGGAAGAGGAGCCGAGGGAAACUAGGACUCCAGGGCUGCCUCAGCCAUCCACGCCUCUUUCUCAAGAUGCUCCAGCGGUCAUUCCCAUACCGUCACAGCCUGAGUUUUCCCAUGACACCUUUCUCCCAACACCGAGCUUGGAAGAGGGGCCUGAGGCACAAACAGAGAAAGGAGUUGGUCCUGGUGCAGGCUUGCCUGCAGAUGGCUCUGAAGUCCCGGAGGCAGCUGCAGCAGCGUCUGUCACAGAGGGCUACUUGCCAUUGCACUCGGGUGAGGCCUGUCCUUUGGCGCUGUGUGCUAGUGAACGUAGCCAGUCCACUGAAGAAAUGGCUGUAGCUGCUCAUGGCACUCGGGUGACUGGUGGAUGCAGCAAACAGCAGCAGUUUAACGAGGACAACCAGGCCUUACUUGUGCAGCCUGCAGGAAGCCACUCCACUGCCCAAGUUGGAGCUGGGGAUGACCUUGGAAGUCAGGGCAGCCUCUUGGGCAAGGGGUCCCUGGAGUCGGAAUGUGAAGUUAUCCCAGAGACGCCCCGGGAGGAGCAAGAAGCAGCAGCACUGCUGAGGGAUGAUGAGGGGCCUUGCCUUCGCUUGACUUCCUCUCGGGAAGAAAAGGUGGCCCAGCAUGUGGACUCCGCUGCAACCAGUGGAGACUCUCAAAAAGUGCCCCAGGUGGCUGGAGAGGUGGCACUUGCAGAUCCAGGCAGCUUAGAUGGAGGCUGCUUGGAAGACUCCAGGGAGGCUGUCCUUGAAGCAAAGGCCACGUUCCCAAGGGACGGCCCAGGGGUGACGCUGAAGCUGUCGGACUCCCAAUCCCAGCCUGAGCUGGAGGGCAGCAGGUCCCAGGGGAGGGCCAGCACUAGCCCUGGUGUAACGCUCCUGCCUGCUGACAUCUCUGCAAGCAGAAGCAGCCUAGGAAGUCUGGCUGAGGAGGGAGAGGACAAGGCUUUGCCACUGGCCCCAGAGGAAGGGGUGGGUGGGCCAACCACCAAGCAGGACAAAGCACCAGAGAGCCAGGCUGUGGUGGCAGCUCCAGAGCACGGCAGUAGGGAGGCUCCUGCCCUUCCAGUGAGCCAGCCGCUUGCUGCAAGAGAAGAUUCAGUCCUGGGAAAAAACGUGCCACUGUCGGAGGAGGGGGAAGAGACAGCGGUGUCAGUGACUUUACAAGAGGGAUCCAGUCCUGGGAAAGCAGAGGGUCGGGGGGACAGCCAGCAGAAGCCACAUGUGCUGGAGGGAGAGAUGCUCCUGGCCCACCAAAGGGUCCCUGGCCUGCCUGCUAGCCUACCCAGCGCCUCCCCCUUUCAUCUUGCCCUGCGGAAGGAAGGAGAUGUAGUUCAGCCUCUGACAAGCAUCACUCCACGUCUUAUUGCCCAGCUUAAAAAAGGUCCCAGACGACACAGCACUCCUAUUGAGGCUGGAAACUGCCCAGAGAGUACCAUAGCAACCAGUGAUGUCACAGCAGAGGGUACCAACAACAUGACAGUGGCGAGCCCGCUAGCCUCUGCCGAGUUGGAGGAGAGUGACAGAGGGGGUUCUAAGGCCACCCAUGAGGAGGGGGGGAAGCUCUCGUUACGAAUGGACCUUGUGACCCCUGUGACAGAGGAGAGUGACGAGUCUCUGCCCUUCAGCCUGGACAAAUCUGAAGCUGGGGAAAAGAAGAACGGGUCUGUUGCAGGAGCUGCUUGCAGCUUUUGGAAGAUGCCGUCCGUGUUCACUCGAGUCUGUGAAGACCAGCAUGAGGACAAGGCUCAAGACCCUGAGCUGCCCCAUUCACUGUUCAGGGGUGACUUGUUCAAUUUCCCAAGUUCCCAGGAGGAGCAAGAGCCACUUGGAGCCUGGCAGAGCCAGCAGAGGUUUGUAUCCCUGGGUCGUGGACAGGUCUUGGACUCUGGAAUGAAUGAGAAGCCAUCAGUGGACUGUGUGGAGGAGGGAGAGGCCAUGGAGGCUGAAGCUGCAGGGAAUCAGGAGGAGAAAGAACAGAAGGCCCCAAAGGAGCCAGAUUCAGUUGUGGUUGCUGAAGGGAACAAUAAAGGCCAUGUGUUAAAGUCUGGUGGUAGCAGUGGCGGCGGCAGCAGUGGCGGCGGCAGCAGCAGCAGCGGCGGCGGCGGCGGCAGCGGCAGCAGCAAGGGAAUCCAAGCUGUGGCACAGGUGCCUGGAAGGCCAGCAGGCGUCAUGUCAGCAGCCACACAGACAACAUCCAACAGUCAGGUGGAAGUGGGGACCAGCGUGGCAGGGUUGUGGCCUGGACAGCAGGAUGCAAAAGUGCAGACAGAGGAGGAGCAAGGCUGUGGGUCGAGCGCUGCCAGUGCUGGGCGUGCGUCAGAACCCCUGCACAGCCAGCACGAGGAAGAAUUUGACUGUGCUCCCCCACCCCCAGGCAGAGUCUUGCGGCGCCAUGUUCGAACCAUCCGGGAAGUGCGGACUGUUGUGACUCGACUCAUCACCGACGUCUACUACAAGGAUGGGGCUGAAGUGGAGCGCAAGGUGGUUGAGGAGCGUGAGGGCCCCCUUGUGGAGUGCCAAGAGAGUGAGGUGGAGGUGUCGCCCUCUCGCACAGGAGGCUCUUCUCUGCUGGCCUCUGGAGACCUGGGAGAUGUCAGCUCCUUCUCAUCAAAGGCCUCAGGACUCCGGCACACAUGCAGCGGAGGGAGCAGCGCCAUGUCAGGCACUCAUAGUAGCACAAGUUCUGGGCGGGGAGCCACUCUCCUUAAAGCAGAGGGAGCUGGCCAAGGAGUGGCGCAUGGAGACGUCGUCUUGCCUGGGAUCAGGAAGCUCAGCCCUAGGAAGGGCGGUAGCCAGCCCCACUUUCCAGUCCAGCCUGACCAUGUCGCGGCCGCAGUGUGUGAGGAGGAAGAGCCAGGCCUGAGCAACCAGCAGGGCGGGAGAACACCUCUUACUCCCCGCGGACGAGGGAGAAGGGGCCGCUUCACUUCACGAUCAACUGGAGCAAGGGGCAGUCUGCUGCCAGUGGAAGCUCUUUCAGUGACAGCCUCGCCUGACGAAAACCGCCCUGCACACAUCUCAGGUCAUCCUUUGGAGGGGCAGGAGCAGGCUGGCGUUUCUCUGCGCCGCAGCAGCUCCCCUGAAAUCCCCUUGCAAGAGCGGCUGGGUCUCUCUCAUAGCAUGGGGUUCUCCUCUUCCACCUUCUCCUCCUCUGGAAACAGCUUUGUGGGCCUCCGGGUGGUGGCAAAGUGGUCCUCAAACGGCUACUUCUACUCUGGGACUAUCACACAGGACGUGGGGGGUGCGAAAUACAAGCUGCUCUUUGAUGAUGGCUAUGAAUGUGACGUUCCGGGUAGAGACAUCCUGUUGUGUGACCCUCUCCCCCUGGAAACAGAGGUGACAGCCCUCUCGGAGGAUGAGUAUUUCAGUGCAGGGGUGGUGAAGGGUCAUCGGAAAGAGUCUGGGGAGCUGUUCUAUUGCAUCGAGAAGGAUGGCCAGCGGAAGUGGUACAGGCGGGCAGCUGUCAUCUUGUCCUUGGAGCAAGGGAACAGGCUCCGGGAGCAGUUUGGGCUUGGCCCCUAUGAGCCCGUCACACCCCUGACAAAAGCCGCUGAUAUCAGCCUAGAUAACCUGGUUGAGGGAAAGCGGAGGAGACGCAACCUUGGCUCCCCCAGUACCUCCAGCAGCAUGACACCCACCCGCAAAGGCCCCGAGAGCCCCCAGACGCCCCACAGGCUGCUGCCUGGCAAGAGGAAGCUGGCUGCCCCCGAGGAGGAGAAGUUCCCCGCCAAGCGAGGACGGCGAUCAGCCCCCACCAAGUCAGGUGCACGUUCCAGGGAAGUGGUGAGCCCAUCUGUCGGUGGAGGGGACUUGGGAGAUGUCCAGGCACUUGAUGACCGAUGGGGCCCUUUGCCCCCCAACAAGACCCUCUUUCUGGGCUAUGCUUUUCUCCUCACAAUGGCAAACCCCGCAGAUAAACUCUCCCAUUGCCAAAAGCCUGCAGUGACCAGCGAAGAGGAGGAAGAAUUCUUGGAAGAUACACCUUACAACAAACACUACAUUGAACUGCAGUUGCAAGCUGGUGGUGGCUUCAUCCUGGAAGACUUCAAUGAAAGCCAGUGCAGCGCAGCCUAUCGGUGUCUUCUGAUAGCAGACCAGCACUGCCGCACCCGGCUGUACUUGCUGUGCCUUGCCCGAGGAAUACCCUGCGUCUCGCAUGUCUGGGUCCAUGACAGUUGCCAUGCCAACCAGCUCCAGAACUACCGGAAUUACUUGUUGCCGGCUGGUUAUAGCCUGCAGGAGCAGAGACUGCUGGAGUGGCAUCCCCGAGAGAACCCUUUUCAUAAGCUGAAGGUGCUUUUGGUGUCUAAUGAGCAGCAGGACUUCUUGGAACUCUGGUCUGAGAUUCUCAUGAUGGGGGGAGCAGCUUCUAUUAAGCAGCAGAAGUCAGCCUUGUGGAGCAAAGAUGUGGGUUUGGGUGUGUUUGAUGUAGUGGUGACUGACCCUUCCUGCCCGGAAGACAUCUUGAAAUGUGCUGAAGCACUGCAGCUGCCGGUGGUAACCCAAGAGUGGGUGAUCCAGAGUCUCAUUGCUGGGAAGAGAGUUGGAUACAAGCAUCCAAAGUAUCAACAUGUUUCUGUCUCCAGCUGAACCUUCCUUUUUGCUUUGUGGAGGCUGUCUGUCAUCACCCAGGUUUUUAAAUGUCCGUGUCACUUGACCUGUGCAUGAAGUGCUGUAUAUAAUUUUAACUUCUGGACUUUUAUGAUAAUAAAUGUUGAUUUUCUUGUUGCGGUA